AUGUUUUGCUUAUGGAUUAAUUAUGCGGUCAGAUUCUUGAAUAAGAUUGUUCUUUUUCGAACUCAAGUACGAAUUCAUACCCAACUCAUGAGGAAAAGACGAAGUGAAUCUUAUAAUAAUCGCACAGUAGUGAUAGACCUUCAUUGCUUAUACUGUAAUAAUCUUCUAAUAGAAGUAAUUAAUAUUCAAACACAUUGGGGAAGCUUAGAUCACAAUGACAUGUUGAAGCUGCGACGGGCAUUAGCCUUUUCAACAUUCAUACAAAAGGCAAUUUCUUUUUAUAUUGACUAA